CUGGAGACUCCCAAUUGUCCCUUCUCCCCGCGCCCCGCCAGCCCGGGAACCCGUCUCGGCGCCGCGCUGCUCCCCCUGGCGGCGGCGACCCGCCCUGCAGCGGCCGCGCGUCCUGCCCCGCCCCGCCCCAGCCCGCCGGCCGGGCCGGGGGAGGGGUCGCGGCGGCGGCGGCGGCGUCACGGCGGCGCCCGGGCGGUGGGAGCCGAGGCUCCGGAGCAAGAUGGCGACGCGAGUGCUGCGCGCCCGAGGAGCGGCGGCGGCGGCGGCAAGCGGUCUCCUGCGCCCGGCCGCCCCUGGCAGCCCCCUGCCCGGGCUCCGGAGCAUGACAUCUUCCAAUAACAGACCCCGAGAAGACAGUUGGCUAAAAUCCUUAUUUGUCAGGAAGGUGGAUCCCAGGAAAGAUGCUCACUCGAAUCUCCUGGCCAAGAGGGAAACAAGCAGUCUGUACAAACUGCAGUUUCACAAUGUUAAACCAGAAUGCCUAGACUCAUACAACAAAAUCUGCCAAGAGGUACUACCAAAGAUUCAUGAAGACAAGCAUUACCCUUGCACCUUGGUGGGGACGUGGAACACGUGGUAUGGCGAGCAGGAUCAAGCUGUCCACCUAUGGAGGUACGAAGGAGGCUACCCAGCCCUCACUGAGGUCAUGAGUAAGCUCAGAGAAAAUCAGGAAUUUGUGAAUUUCCGUAAGGCAAGAAGCAACAUGCUUCUCUCCAGGAGGAACCAGCUGCUAUUGGAGUUCAGUUUCUGGAAUGAGCCUGUCCCAAGGUCGGGGCCUAACAUUUAUGAGCUCAGGUCUUACCAGCUCCGACCAGGAACCAUGAUUGAGUGGGGCAAUUACUGGUGAGUAUAUUGAUACGGAGUUUGUAAGCCUUAUUAAUAGAUUAUUGUAAGCCACAGAGUUAAUUCUCACAAAAAAAAUCUGAGAAUAAUGCCUUGACUUGAUACUAGGCUUUUUCUUUUCUUUACUAUUUUUUUAAUAUGGUGUCUCACUAUGUUGUCAGGCUGGUCUUGAACCCCUGAGCUCAAACACUGUCUUGCCUCAGCCUCCUAAGUAGCUGGGACCACAGGCUACAUCAGACUGUUGUUCUUUUUGAUGUUUUUAUUAUGAAAUUGUUCAAACAUGUGGAAAAUGUGCAGAGGAUCCCCACUUCCAUGCCUGUUCCUGAGCCUCAGUAAUUAUCAGCACAAGCCAGGUAGUGGCUGAGAUUGGGAGGAUCACAAUUUGAGGCAAGUCCAAGCAAAUAUUUUGUGAGACCCACAUUUCCAAAAUAACUAUAACAAGCCGGGUACCAGUGGCUCACGCCUGUAAUCCUAGUUACUCAGGAGGCAGAGAUCAGGAUGAUUGUGGUUUGAAGCCAGCCUGGACAAACAGCUUGAAACACCCUAUCUUGACAAUACCAAACACAAAAAAGGGCUGGUAGAGUGGCUCCAGUGGCAGAGCACCUGCCUGGCAAA